AUGACCACAUAUCAUAUCGUUCCAAUCUCCUCCUAUGAUCCAGGAGUCCCCCCAAUUGCUUUUAGCAUUGAGAAGAUAAUUUCUUUGCAUUUCUCUUUCAUUGGCAGAAGUACUCAGAUAGACAAAUAUGGCCCAGUGUUUAGCAGCAGAUGUAGGGUGUUGAAACUCAACUUCAAUGCAGAAAUAAUGCGGAAUGAUGUUCAGAAUCACAAUGUCUUUACUCCAAAGCAAAAGAAGGCCACCACUUUGACCAGUGGGAUGGGUGUGCUGUUUUUGUCUUUGGGGGUAGGUGAAGUGUUAGCUUUAGCUUUUCUAGUCCAUUUUUUUGUUGUUUUGGGAUUGGGUUUAAUGAGAAGGGGCAUUAUAGGGGUAGAUGAAUCAAGAAGCAUGGCAGAGUCUUCCAUAGCAAUGUUAUGCUGGGGUUCUGGUAUUUCAGGGGAUAUUAAGAUUGGGGUAGGUGUUGAAUCAAGAGCUUCCAGCAUUGUUGGUUUAGGGAUAAUGGCUAGACUGUUAGGGGAUUGUGGUGAAUGCGAUGUUGCUGAUCGGCAUGAGGAUGAUAAUUUCUAUUUGUUGGAUCAAAGUGAAGAACUUGUUGAAAUGGAAAAUUCAUUGGAUGAAUACCAUUUAGGAUUUGAGCUGGCAUGGUAA